UCUCCAUUCUCUCGACUCUCCUCUCACUGUCUCCAUCAUACUCCACGCCUCCUAUCUCUGUUGCCGCUCGGCCCGCUCCUACGACUCCCCCAGUGCCCCCAACAGCAACCACGACCACCACCGCAGCAACCACACACCUUGACGCCUGGCUGAAGCUGAACGGCUCGUGUCCGCUUUCCAGGAACUUACCACUGCCAACCCCGCUGUCCACGCCGCCCUCGGAGGUCGUUUCACUCUCGCAGACUCGCAGUACGCCGUGGAUCGGAGGCGGAGGAGGUGAUAAGAUUUAUACUACCAUACCCAUCUCGUCACCGUGCUUUAAAUUUGGCUACAAUGGCGCACUCAGAUCUCGAAAGCAACAGCCCUCCCGAAAUCAAAGAGCCUUUGCUGAAGAUCCCCAAGUUGGACCAAAACGGCGUCUCCGCCGCUGACCCCUCGUUGCUCCUGAGAGUGAAAAAGCUCUCCGAGAAAGCGGUUUUGCCUUCGAGAGCCUCUCCUCUCUCCGCAGGCUACGAUCUGUCCAGUGCAACAGAGACAAAGGUACCGGCGAGAGGAAAAGCCCUGGUUCCAACUGACUUGAGCAUUGCAAUUCCUGAAGGAACAUACGCUCGCAUUGCGCCGAGAUCGGGCUUGGCGUGGAAGCACUCGAUCGAUGUGGGUGCGGGUGUGAUCGAUGCUGACUACAGGGGUCCAGUUGGGGUUAUACUGUUCAACCAUUCCGAUGUCGAUUUCGAGGUGAAAGCAGGCGACAGGAUCGCGCAGUUGAUUAUUGAGAAGAUCAUGACGCCCGAUGUGAUGGCGGUUGAGGAUUUGGACUCGACCGUGAGAGGCGAGGGUGGGUUCGGAUCUACUGGCGUAUGAGUAGUUCUUCCAGUCCUAUUAGUUACUUUGCUUCAGCCAUGUUCUGGUUUUUUUGUUUCUUAGUGACAAGGAUCAGGGACUCGUCGGAUUUUGUUAUGUGUAAUUUCGUCGAACAGAUAGUGAGCAAGUGCUGUGGUAUUGCUUGCUAGCAUCCUUAAUGGAAAUUAACAGGUUUCAUUUGUACAA